AUGUUAACAAAAACUCAAGAGCAAAUGAAUGAACUUUUACAUGAAUUAAAACUAGGCUGUGUAUUAGUCGAACAAAAACACGAUGGAGCAAAAUGUUUUCGUCAUUAUUAUUUACAUAAAAGUGAGCAAUUUGUAACUUAUCGUCAAACAAAUAGAACACUCCCAUCGCCGAUACGUUAUUAUAUAAAUCAAAUCGAUGAAAUACGCGUUGGAUUCAAAACAAGAACAUUCAAUCGACUUAUUCAACAUAAACUUCUUAGACAAGAUGAUGAACAAUGCGCGUUUUCGAUAUUUUCGAAUAACUAUCGUGAUGAAGUCAAUCUUCUUGCAAAUGAUGAAGAAAUGCGAAAUAUAUGGAUCGAAGGUCUUCAAUAUCUUAUAGAAAUUCAUUCUCAAACUCAACAAAAUUAUCUUACUAAUGAAACAAAUUGGAUUUUGAAUUGUUUCUAUUCGACUACGAAACAACGUUCAGACUCAUUGUCAAAAGAAGAAUGUCGACAAUUAUUAAUUGAUACAUUCAAUACAAAAGUAUCUGAUGAAGAUUUUGAAAGAUUUUUUCAAAAAAUCGAUAAAAAUUCCUUAGUAAGUGAUGAAUUUCUUGAAUUAUUUCAUUCAAUUACACUUCGUCAUGAUCUUUAUCAAAUAAUGAAAAAAUAUGCGAAUAAUACGGAAAAUCAAACAAUUGAUUCGAUUUAUUUAACAGCAGAACAAUUAUUAGAAUUUCUUCAAAAAGAACAAAAUCAAUUUGUAUUAAAAACGCAAAAAAAUGAUUCAAAAUGUAAUUUUACACUCGAAUCAAUCAAUACAAAUGAACAAGUCAAAGAAUUAAUUCAGCAAUUUGAAUUAAAUGAUCAAAUGAAAGAAAAGGGUCAUAUUAGUUUGAAAGGUUUUCGAGAUUUACUUCUAUCAGAUGACUUUACUCUUAUGAAACCAUGGUGUUCUCGUUGUGUUUAUCAAGAUAUGACAAGACCACUUAAUGAUUAUUAUAUCAAUACAUCAUAUAAUACUUAUUUAUUUAAUAAUGAACAUAUUGGUGAAAGUAAUCCGGAAUCAUUUAAUCGUAUAUUAAAAAUGGGUUGUCGUGCAAUUCAAAUCGAUUGUUAUGAUGGUGAUCAUGGUCAACCCAUUGUUAAAGAUAAUUUAACACUUGCUAAACCGUAUUUAUUCGAAUCAAUUAUUCGUUCUAUUCAACCGAAUCUUUUUAAAAUAUCAGUUUAUCCUGUUAUAAUUGAUAUUGGCAAUCAUUGUUCGAAUGAACAAGAAUUUCAAAUAACUCAAAUUUUACAAAAAAUUUUCGGUGAUCAAUUGAUAACUGAAUCGUUAUUAACAAAACAUUCGUUGGUUUUACCAUCACCAGAAGAUCUUAAAUACAAAGUUAUUAUUCGAGGAAUCAAUUUUCCUGCUCUGAUUGAUGAAGAAGAAUAUUUCCAUGAAAUAAAUGAAAACAACAUCGACGAUCAGGACUUUGUUGAUGAUGAUGAAUAUGAAGAUGCAAAAGAUUAUGUUCCUUAUUAUCAAUCAGAAAACCUUUCUGAAAAAGAUUUUAAUCGAUUUGUUGAAGUUAAUUCAAUAGAUUUGAUUAAACAAACAUUGAAUUCAUUUCUUCUCAUGUAUCCCGAUGAUCUUCAACAAGAUUCAAGUAAUCCCGAUCCAAUUACACCUUGGAAUUUUGGUAUUCAAAUGGUUGCAUUAGAUUAUCAAAAUGAUGAUCCGAUUUUAUCAUUAUCUUAUGGAAAAUUUAUGGAUAAUGGAAAUUGUGGCUAUGUAUUAAAACCAGAAUAUUUAACUCAUAUUAGCAGAUCUUUAUUUAAUCCUUUAAAUUAUAUAACAAAACCAUUGAAAUAUUCGGAACAUAUUUUUGAAUGUCCACAACGUUUAAUUUUGACAAUUAUUAGUGGACAAUUUCUACGUCGAACCAAUGCUAGUGAUCCAUAUAUUCUUAUGUCUACACGUGGAAUUCCAUGUGAUCAACAAAUACAAAAAACGAAAACAUUUAGCUGUAAAAGUUUGAAUUUAGAAUGGAAUGAAAUAUUUCAAUUUGAUAUUUAUUUUCCUCAAAUGUGUUUAAUGAGAUUUGAUGUUUGUGAUCAUAAUCGUUUAGCUUACUUUUGUUUACCAAUAACAACUAUGCAGACAGGUUAUCGUCAUAUUCAUUUAAGAGCAAAUAACAAUAGUUUAACUUAUUCAACAUUAUUUAUUCAUGUUCAAUUUAAACCAAUAUGA